CAUGGGGGGACAUAGUGCACUCAGCCGCCCCUCCUUAGUUCCAUCACUGGUGGCUUCAGUUUCACACAAGCUCUUUGUGGCAAGUGAGGGGUUAAGUCGGCAUUGUAGGGAUGUGCCCCCUGUGUGUUAUCUGGGCUGAGAAGUCAGAGUGUCUCUUAUCAGCCGGGUCUGUAGUCACAUGGGAGUAACACUGAGCUGUGAGUGUGAGUGAGAGACUCCAUUCAACAUGUGCCUGAGAGUCGUUACUGUGACCCUUCUGCACCUCCUCAUCUUUUGUAGACUGAAGACUCCAGCAGGUUCUUCUGGGCCAGACAAGCUUCUUUCCAAGGAUGUGUUCCUCAAGUGCCUGUUUGAAGCAGACACCAUGCCCAUUAAGCUGCGGGGUCUGAGUGUGAGUUGGGCACACAAUGGCAAGUCAUUAGUGGAGUUCCGCCAUGGAGAACUUGUGGUUCAUGAUCCCCGGGCGCUGUUGUCUCCAGCAGAACUUGAGAAGGGAAAUGUUUCUCUAACACUGACCAAUGUGACUCUGACUGACGGCGGCAAAUACAUCAGUGUAAUUCAGUACGGAGUUAGCCAAGUGCAGUGUGGGUACACUCUGACUGUGCAAGAGCAACAGAACCGCAUUGACAUUGAGCUACUUUCUGCCCCAGUGCAUGCUGCACAAGAGAACCAGAUGGGCCUGGAGUCACGUUCUGCCCCAGAGCAUGCUGGUGAUGGAGACCCAAUGGGGCAGAAGGGUGAUGGGCCCAGUACCAAGCACAGGACACUGAAGAUUGGGAUGGUGAUGGGAGUUCUUGUGGGUGCCUGGUGUGUGGCCUUCCUCAUCUUCUUUUGCUACAAGCCAUAAAGUACCUGCCGACAGGGAAUCCCAGGAGAGCCAAAGUCACCGGCACAUUCUACUGGAGGAAUAAAAUGAACAAUAUAGAAGUGCAACAGAACCAGGACUAUAAAGCCUUACAACUUACUGCCUAUAGAACAGAACUUGUUGGUUACUUUAUUGAGCACAAAGCAAAUGUUUCUCCUUUGUCUCUGUUGCCAAUGAAUUAAGUAGAAAAUCUCAGGCCGGUGGUAUAGGUAAGGUUUUCACUACCAGAGAUGAACUUGGUGCUCAUAACACCCCCCUUCUACCUACGUCCCCUCACUCUCCCCUCCCUGAGUGACCCCCUAACUGCCAUAGUGCGGUUCCCUUUGAAAGGAGCAGUGGGUUUGUAACUACAAGGAAUCAUCUCUCUGCUGGGUUUGAACCAGUACCUUGUAUAUAGCAGCCUAUUGUCUUAUCUCUCUACUAUUAAGGCAGAUUCGAGGUAUAGGUUUACCCUGUAUUGAGGUUAAUCUGGUUAACCCUGGUGCAUCUAAUUAUUUCAGCUGCUCUUCAUUAACUGGCAGUUGCAGCCUAUUGUCUAAUUAGCUCCCAGGGCCCUUAUUUAAAGCAUGAGUUGAAUUCCCCCCCUCU